CACCAUCGCGCCGGAAGCGCCGGGGCCGCGCGGGGCGGGGCGGGGUGAUGGCGGCGGCGGCGGCGCGGGGGGUCCCGGCCGGGCUCUUCGCCGUGUACAAGCCGCCGGGGGUGGCGUGGGACCGCGUGCGCGGCGCCGUGGAGACGCGGCUGCUGCGCGAGCUGAACGCGGCGGCUCGGCGGCCCCCGCGGCUCCACGUCCGCUUCCUGCCGGAGGGCGGCGGCGCCUCCCCGGGGCUGGUGGCCGCCCGCGUGCCGGUGCUGGCCGAGCACCGCCUCGUCGCAGGCCCGCGGUUCCGGCGGCUGAGGAUGGGCGCGGGGCACCGGCUGGACGUGAAGGCCUCGGGCGUGUUGGUGCUUGGCAUCGGCCACGGGAACAAGCUGCUCACCGAUCUGUACAACUGCCACCUGACCAAGGUUUACACUGUUGGUGGGCUGUUUGGUAAGGCCACGGAUGACUUCUCAGAUACAGGGAAGCUAGUAGAGAAGACAACAUUUGAUCAUAUCACAAGGGAAAAGCUGGAACGGAUUCUCGCUGUCAUUCAAGGAACAAAUCAUAAGGCCCUAUUGAUGCAUUCUAACAUUGAUAUGAAAACUCAAGAGGCGUAUGAGCUGGCUGUCAAAGGGUUAAUUCGCCCCAUGGUAAAAAGCCCUCCGAUAAUCACAAUAAUUCGAUGCCUCCAGUUUUCUCUUCCAGAAUUCCAGCUAGAAAUCCAUUGUAUGCACGAGACUCAGCAGUACCUCCGAAAAAUAGUUCACGAGAUUGGUCUGGAGCUGAAGUCAUCUGCAGUGUGCACACAAGUGCGAAGAAUCCGUGAUGGCAUUUUCACACUGGAUGAUGCUCUCCUGAGAACACACUGGGACCUGCAGAGUAUCCAGAAUGCAAUUUGGGACUGUCGGCUUAAAGUGAAAACAGAGAUAGAGAAAACGCUAGGCCCUCAAGAUAAAAGUGUUCUUCGUAAGACGGACACUGAGAUGGCCCAGGCUGUGGACAGCUGAGUGCACGCUAUGGAGGGAACAUCCACGAGCGAUCUCUGUAACACAAUAACGCAGCUACAUGCUGACAGAAUGAUGGACAGCAGAAGGAAAGAGGUUAAUUGCAGUUCACUUCCACCCCUUCCUUGAGAUGACUUUAAUCAGAGGCAUUUUUUUUCAUUGACAGGCUGUAAAAUUUUUUUUAAAGCAUUGCAAACAAUUCAUUAACAGGAGUUGCUGUGCCAACAUUCCUGUUGACUUUGGAAACAGCAGGUUGCUAAGGGAUAUAAAAACCCAUCUCCAAAUUUUUUAGCAGCAGGAAAUAGUGUCUUACAGAGCUGUAUUCCCUUUACUGCACAGAGUUGUUUGUUCCUUGCAACUAGCAGCAUAACUUAAGUGCUGCAUGAAUUUUCCCUGUGUUUUUGUAGCACAGUAUUUUAUAUGUUAGCCUUGCUUUCAGACACGUGAGGGUUCAAAAUCGAUCAAUAUAAAAGAGGAAUGUGCAGGCGAAAAAACAGCUUACAUGAACAACCAGGGGAAACGGUUAUACCAACGUAGGCAGGGGGAAGAGGCUUGUGGUAGGGAACUGAUGCAUAAGAUACAAACACAAGAAAUAAAAGCAACUAAAACUGACAUAA